UGGCAGAAAAAAAUGCCUCACGCAUGUGCUGCUUGGAAUUGCACAAAUCGCUGCACGCUCCAAACCAGAUUACGGGGGAUUACAUUUCAUAGAUUUCCCAAAGAAAUCCACACCAGGAAGCAGUGGGAGGUAGCCCUUAGACGGGAAGGUUUCAGUGCCAGUGACGCAUCCAGGCUCUGCAGUGAGCACUUUAGACAGGAGGAUUUUGACUGGACAGGUCAGACUGUGAGACUCAGAGAUGGAGCUUCUCCCUCUGUGUUCAGGUUUCCAACUCCUCUCCAAAGGGUAGGUGUGUACUUAGGCUAUAAGGAUUAGAAAGUCAGUAAAAAGUCAGUUUUUAAAGGAAUCAGUGAUGUAUUCCAUAGUUCAUGUUUUUAAGCAUUUAAUUUUCUUUUACAUUAGCCAGUGGCAACCAGGACUACACUGACUUCAGUGAGGGCACAGGAGAGCCUGUCAGUAGAAUGUUCUUUGCCUGUCCAAGAGACUGAAACUCUGCCUGAUCCCAGUGUUGACCACUCCUACGCGUUGCCCACAUCUCUUGAAAAUCUAAGGGCUAGACUCAAUGAAACCUUAUUUAGGGUGGAGUGCAUGGAAAGAGAGAAGAGAAAUGCUAAGGAUCGGGAACGGAGAGCAAAGAACGCAGUGUGUGGCCUUCUGCAACAUUUGAGGGAGAAGAACCUCAUUAAUGAAGAGCUGAAAGAGAGGCUGGAUUUAUACUCCGGUCCUUCAAUGGAGACAAAUUUAUUACUAGAAAAGACAGACCAACUAAGAAAUGGAUUGGAGAAGAGUGAGUCCAAAAGAGUGUACCUAGAUUAUAAUGCAACCACCCCUUUGGAACCAGAUGUUAUUGAAGCUAUUACAGUUGCUCUGCAGGAGGCCUGGGGAAACCCCAGCAGCAUGUACACUCCAGGAAGAAAAGCCAAAGAAAUUAUUAGCCAUUCUAGGGAAGGUAUUGCUAAGAUGGUUGGCGGAUGUGCUGAUGACAUUAUUUUCAUGUCUGGAGGAACAGAGGCCAACAAUUUUGUUUUCCACACGGCUAUUAAGUACUUUUGGAAUGUUGUUCAGAAGGCUGAGCUAAAUGGGGUCCAGGUGGGGUCUUCACAACAAGGAGGGAUCUUGCCACAUCUCAUCACUAGCAACGUAGAGCAUGACUCUGUUAGACUUGUGGCCCAGCAGCUCAUGGAGGAGAAAAAGGCAGAGGUCACUUUUAUACCUGUUUCCAAGUUGACUGGUCAAGUUGAAGUUGAUGAUGUAAUGUCAGCCAUUAGACCAACUACUUGCCUCAUUUCCAUCAUGCUGGCCAACAAUGAGACGGGUGUUAUCAUGCCAGUUGGCGAAAUCAGCAAACGAAUACAAGCACUGGGUGAAGAAAGACCAGCUCCCAGGGUCCUUUUGCAUACAGAUGCUGCCCAGGCUAUUGGUAAACUACGAGUUGAUGUCCAGGACCUAGGGGUGGACUAUUUGACCAUUGUUGGCCACAAGUUCUAUGCUCCUCGAAUUGGAGCCCUGUAUGUCAAGAGUCCUGUUACUCUAACUCCCAUUUAUCCUCUUUUCUAUGGUGGUGGACAAGAGAAAAAUCUCAGACCUGGGACUGAGAACACACCAAUGAUAGCAGGACUUGGAAAGGCAGCCGAACUAGUUAACAAAAACCUGGAGCAUUAUAUGGCUGAUAUGCGCAAAACCCGGGAUUACUUAGAAAAUUGUCUGGAGGGUGUUUUUGGAACGAAAGUCCACUUCAACAACCGCUAUAAUGGAGUAGCAAGGCUUCCUAACACAUGCAAUGUCUCUUUUUUGGGUGUAAACCUACAAGGUCGCAGGGUGCUUGCUAGCUGCCAAAGGCUCUUAGCCAGUGUGGGUGCUGCAUGUCAUUCAAGCCAAGAAGACCGGCCAUCCCAUAUCUUGUUAAGCUGUGGCGUCAGUCCCUCAGUUGCAGCAAAUGCUAUACGCCUGAGUGUAGGAAGAGAGACCACUACUGAAGAUAUAGAUGUUAUCAUCAAGGAUCUAAGAGAAGCUGUAAAUUACCUGGAGGGCCGGUGACAUUGUGCUCCCUUGGGUUUCUUAAGUCAUUCUGUGGUAAUGUGUACCUUAACUAUAAAAAAAAAAUAUAUAUUCCUUCUUUUUAUUACUAAGUUAAAAAUACCUUAUAAAUAUACACAAUGACCAAAAAUAGCAUUGUUAAACUUAGAAAUUAACAUUCUGAUAUUUUUUUAUAUUCAUGCCUUUAGUUUAAGGGUUAUUACUACAUAAUUAGAUGGACUGUGUGUGGGAAAUAUGCCUCUUAUUGUAAAUAAUUGAUUUACUAAAUGACUUUGAACAUUUUAAAAAUAAUUUUGUCCCAAGUAGAGCUUGUAUUGAGAUCCUGUACAAAUCUGUGAGCAAAUCUUAGAGAGCUCAGUAUGGAUUUGUGCUAACCGACUGAAUAUCUUAAUGUUUAAAAGCAUUGUUUUCUGAUCCGCAUUUUUACCUCAUAUAGGGAAAGGCAUAUAGUCAUCUUCAUGUACAUAGCCAAGUGACGGAUGGAACCAAAUACAACAAGCUAGAUUUUAAAAAUUACAAUAUCUUCAAGGGUAAUGGGAAUAAAAUGUACAAAGGGGACACAUUUCAAAAGAACCUUCCUUAUUAUAUUUUGGUUUGAUUAUGUGUAAUACUGAUGCUAAUGAAGAUGCUGAAUUGAAGGAGAAAUUAAAAAGUAAUGCACUGUAAACUAGUAUAUCAUCAUUGUAUGUCAAAAGGAAACAAAGACUGUUGUAUGAUAGGCCUGCAAUAUCAUGAAAAAUUAAUGUUGUUUCUGUAAAUUCCUAUCGGUGCAUUAAACACAUUGACACUUGGAUGAUACUAUUUAUUUGAUUUUCACUCUUGAUGAAAGUGUUUUUAUUUUGAACAUCUAUACUUAGUAGUAAUAAUUGCAAGAUAAAAACCUAGGGAAAACAAAUUGAGGAUGGCUGUUACACAUGAGAUAUUUGUAUUUAAUAUGUGGUCUUUACUUGUUUAUGUCUUUCUUUGUUUAAAUGUGAUCUAAUGUAUACUGUAUAUUAAAAAUGGCUCAAGUUCAUGUAACUGA